UUAAACCGAAAGUACCACCUGGCAAUCGUAUUAAUUACCAUACCACUCAUAUUGAAAAGGUUUCUGAAGGAGUAUAUACAAUUAAACUUGCUUGGGAUGUUAAUAAAUUUGAUAAAAAAGCAAAAGUUUCUGUAAGUCUCAGACAAAUGUUUAGUGAUUUAAACAUCCCAAUGGUCGCAGAAAAGAUAUUAUUAUUUCGUGAGGGAAAAGCAACUUUUGAAAAAGUAAAAUUAAAUCCUAAACUACUAAUCUUGGCUGGAAUGCACGACUUCAAAGGAUUACUUAAUGAACCAUAUGGUGUUUCAAUAGGUGGUUAA